CGCACGCGCACACACUCCGCUGGACAUGGCCGCUCGCAUUUUCACAUUGGCAGCGCUGUGCGCGGCAGUGAGUGCCGCGCCGCCCGCGCCUCCGCGCCUGUACUCGCAGCACGCGCCUGCCCAGUUGCAGCAGAUUAGCCCAUUAGACUAUUACUUGGAUAACCCGGAGGUAGCCAAUUAUUACAACCAAGGACAACAAAAACAAGCCUCCUCCAAUGCAGGCCCCGGUGCACCUUCACGGCUGGAGACCUUGGAACCUGACAGUGAAGUGGAGCUCAUCCCAGGAGCUCAACAACCACAGCAACCACCGCAGCAGACGCCAGUAUCUCCAAACAUACCUGGUCUCGUCCCUGGACAGCGAGUCUUCAUAGUGCACAUGCCAGUACCUGGUUACAGACCUGGCACGAUUGGUGGUUACCAGCCCGUUUACAUAGUGGCAGCAGCACCUCAAGGAAAUGUGCAGUACCCUGGCAGUGCGCAGUUCCCCGGCAAUGUUAAUGGCUACCAAAACGCAGUCCUCCUAGACCCGUCAGGCCAGGCAGUGUCCCCACUGCUAGGGUACCCUCGGUUUGGAGUCCAGCAGCACCCUGGCUUCCUCGUGGCACCGCAGCAGCAGCAGUUUGCUUACCAGCCGGAGCACCCCGGCCAAUACCAACAAGCUCCGCAAGCGCCAUCUGGUGCGCGACCCGUGCAGCUGUCGCAGCUGAUCGCGCUGCAGACGCAUCCCGCCAACACCGCCAACAAUCCACGAGCUGCCAGCAAUGAAUCUCAGCAAAACGCCGAGCCGAAGCGCUUAGCUCAGCUGCGCGAGAGCAACGAGAAGGAAGCGGACAACCGACGCAGCUCAGAAUCCCGCGACAAGCAAUAA